AUGCGCUGCGUCACGCUCACGAACAGCCCGUUCCUCUUGCCUACGCUUCUCGCGGCGCUCGCGGCGCUCGACGCGGUACUCCCCUCGAUUAGCGCGGGCAUGGAGUUGGACCGAUCCGUCUGUGGCGAGGAGGUCAUGAGGGUCGAUGGGAGUGCCAACCCGCCCACAAUGCCUAAAAACCCAGCCCAGUAG